AGUUGUUGAUGCAAUGAAGAGAAAAAUGAAGGGUGGUGUGAGAUUGUGUUUCCUCAUUUUCCUUUUAUUGGAAGCUCUGUGCUCUGAAGGAUGUAGGAAGGAAGAAAGAGAAGCUCUUUUGGGCUUACGUUCCCAUUUCGACUAUGCCAAUUGGAAUGUCGAAACGGAUUGCUGUGAAUGGGAAGGAGUGGAGUGCAACUCCUCCACAGGGAGAGUGGCGCAACUCUAUCUUUAUGGCGUGUGGAAGUCAACAGAACAAUAUAUAAAUUACUCCCAUUUUUCUGUCUUCAAAGAUUUGAAGGAACUCCACUUGGAGGAUAGUAAUAUAGUUGGUUGUGUGGAGGCUGAAGAGUUGUCAAAUCUGGAGCUUCUUGACAUGAGUUAUAACAAUCUGGAUACUGCUGCCGGCAUUCUAUCUUGUUUGGAUGGCCUUCCAUCUCUUAAGUCUCUUUAUUUAAGAUAUAACAGCUUCAAUACAUCUUCAUUAACCCACGUUUUUGAAAGUGUGUCACCAAAGCUGCGUAGUAAUCUGGAGGUCAUUGACUUAAGUCGAAACUAUUUGAGUAAUGACAUCUUGGCAUCCAUGGAGGGAUUCACAUCUUUAAAGGAACUCUAUUUGUCUGGAAAUCUAUUGGACUCGGAUCUUCACUUUCAAGCUUUAUGCUCAUCAUUCAAGAAUCUUGAGGUUCUUGACUUGUCCUACAACAACCUCAACCACACUGAUAUUGGCUCUGCUCUUACCGGACUCUCAUCCCUCAACUCUUUAUAUUUAACAAACAGUCAAUUGAGUUGGAGAUCAAUUUAUAAUAUUUCAAAAUUGAGUUCUUUGGAAAAGCUUCACUUAGGCGGGAACAACUUGAAUGAGUCUGGGACUGGGAGUAUAUUAGAGAAUGACACAUUUAAAUGGCCAACCAAUUUACAACGUCUAAGCCUCUGGUCUAACAGUUUGAGCAACAAAUUUCUUUCAUCUCUGAGAGGCCUUCCACGUCUUCAAUUUCUUGAUUUAAGCUACAAUCAAUUAGAAGGAUCGCUGGAUAUAAGCGAGAAUGAGACAUUUAAAUGGCCAACCACUUUACGAGAACUAUGGCUGAGAUCGAAUAGAUUGAGUAACAAAUUUGUUUCAUAUCUGAGGGACCUUCCACAUCUCCAAUUUCUUGAUUUAAGCGACAAUCAAUUAGAAGGAGCACUCGAUAUAAGCGGACUAUCGACUUUAUCCAAUUUGACGAAUCUUUAUCUAGGGGAUAAUAAUAUCCAUAAUUUUGUGACCCAUCAAGAGAAUGAGACAUCUAAAUGGCCAACCAAUUUACAACAGCUACACCUCCAGUAUAACAGUUUGAGCAACAUAUCUCUUUCAUCCUUCAGUGACCUUCCACGUCUUCAAUAUCUUGAUUUAAGCAACAAUCAGUUAGAAGGAUCACUGGAUAUAAAUGAGAAUGAGACAUUUAAAUGGCCAACGACUUUACAACUCCUAGACCUGAGUUCAAACAGAUUGAACAACAUAUUUGUUUCAACUCUGACGGACCUUCCGCAUCUCCAAUAUCUUGAUUUAAGCGACAAUCAAUUAGAAGGAGCACUCAAUAUAAGCGGACUAUCGACUUUAUCCAAUUUGACGAAUCUUUAUCUAGAGGAUAAUAAUAUCCAUAAUUUUGUGACCCAUCAAGAUUUUCAUGAUUUAAGGAAGCUAGAACGAUUGGUAUUGGAUGGAAAUAAUAACAUGAGAAAUGAAUUUUUUAAAAGUAUUGGAAACUUGACGUCCUUAAAAACACUUUCUCUUUCACACUGUCAUAUAAAUGACACCCUUCCCGCAGCUGAUUGGUUUAAGAUGAAAAAGUUGGAAGAGUUAUAUCUAAUAGAUAAUGGAUUUGAAGGAUCUCUUCCCAAUUCUUUCGUUAACAUGACAUCUCUUCGGAUAUUGGAACUUUCUCAAAAUAACUUCAUUGGAAGGUUUGACUCUAAAAUUGCAACACUUACAUCACUUGAACAAUUUGAUUUUACAGAAAACCAAUUUGAAGUUCCUAUUUCUUUUUCGUCAUUUGCCAAUCAUUCAAACCUUAUAGCCAUAAGGGGUAAAGGCAAUAAAAUUAUAUUGGACUCACAACACAAUUUGCACACUUGGAUUCCAAAAUUUCAGUUAUGCGAGCUUAGCUUGUCUUCAAACAUUGAAACUAGUAGUUUUCUGCUUCCCAAAUUUCUUCAUUAUCAAAAAGAUUUAAAUAUACUAGAUUUCGGUAAUUUGAAGUUGGAAGGAAGGUUUCCUCAUUGGUUGUUGGAAAACAACACAAAAAUGAUUGAAGCUACUUUUAGAAAUUGCUCCUUGACUGGUAGCAUGCAAUUACCAUUGCAUCCCCUUCUUGAGUUACGAAGUAUUGAUGUGUCUAACAAUGCCAUAACUGGUGAAAUUCCAAGCAAGAAUAUCAGUUCAAUUUUUCCAAAUUUGGGAAAUCUAAACUUGUCUAGAAACCUGAUCCAAGGUUCAAUUCCUCGUGAGUUUGGCCAAAUGAAGUUAUUGAGUGAGUUGGAUCUUUCAAACAACCAAUUGGCUGGAGAAAUAUCAGAUGACAUAUUUGAAGAUGGACAACAACUCACUACCUUGAUACUUUCAAAUAAUAUGCUCGAGGGAUCCAUCUUUACAAUACCCACUAAUUUGGAGUAUCUAUCAUUGAAUGAUAAUAACUUUAGUGGUACACUUCCGAGAAGGAUUUUUAACACAUCUAUCAUUUCAUUGGACAUAAGCAAUAAUCAUUUGGUAGGAAACAUUCCAAGAAUUUUGACAAAUUUUUCAAAAUUAUCAGAACUUCGUAUGUCGAAUAACCACUUUCAAGGGUUCAUUCCAUUAGAAUUGCCACAACAACUUAGAAAUCUGAGUUAUUUAGAUCUCUCCCAAAAUAAUUUGACUGGUCUUGUGCCAUCAUUUCUAAAUUCUUCUGUGAAAUUUAUCCAUUUGAGCAAUAACCAUUUAACAAGAUUGUCUAAGAAGAUGUUCAAUGGAAACUCUCCUUUAGUGAUGUUAGACCUUAGCUACAAUGAAAUAUUUGGCAACAUUCAAGAUAUGACAGAAGACCUUAGUUAUACAAAGUUGAAUUUUCUCCUUUUAAAAAGUAAUCACAUUAAUGGGGAUAUACCUAAACAAUUAUGUCAAUUGAUAGAUUUAACCAUGUUGGAUCUUUCAGACAAUAAAUUUUCUGGAGAAAUUCCCCACUGCUUGGGGACAAUGCCUUUUGAUAAUAAGAACCUUGAUCCAUUAUUAAAAGCAUCAAAGGGGAGCUUCAUUGUUGAAGAACAUAGUCAAGCACCAUUGCCAUCAGAGUAUAAGAAAGAGAAAGCAAGUUUCACUUCAAAGAGAAGUACUUAUACUUACAUAGGAAGCAUCCUUAUUUACAUGACAGGAAUUAAUUUAUCCCAAAAUAAACUAAAGGGGAAUAUCCCAUACGAGCUUGGAAAUUUGACAAGAAUCAAAACAUUGAACUUGUCUCAUAAUGAUUUGAGUGGACGAAUUCCAAAUUCAUUCUCGAAUUUGGGGCAAAUAGAGAGUUUAGAUCUUUCUUUUAACAAGUUGAAUGGUCAAAUUCCUCCAAAGCUCAAUAUCCUAACCUCACUUGAAGUAUUAAGUGUGGCACACAACAAUUUAUCAGGUCCAAUACCUGAAUGGACAAACCAAUUUGCCACAUUUGAUGAGAGCAGCUAUGAGGGUAACCCAUUCCUUUGUGGACCUCCACUACUAAAGAGUUGCAAUCCUUCUUCUACAAAUAUUCCAAAUGAGACAAAUACUCACAAAGGUAAUGAUAGUUUGCUAGACAUCUAUGUCUUUUGUGUGAGCUUUGUCGUGUCAUACACAUUAGCACUGAUAGCAACCAUUGGAGUUUUAUACAUCAAUCCUUACUUGAGGCAAGCAUGGUUUUACUACAUGGAAUUGGUCGGUUUAAAUUGUUACUACUUUAUUGUGGAUAAUGUUUGUAGGUUUUGUGGUGUAAGAAAUAUGUAAUAUGUUCCUUGUAUCCCUAGGAUAUCUGUUUGAGAUUGAUUCAAUAAAGUAAAUCAUGCAAGUGUUUCUAAUUCAA